AAUUUGUAAAUGCCGGCUGCUGAUUGGUUUCCAAGAUAAAAAAAAAUUAUUCUUUUUAUUUUAGGGUAUAAAAUAUUGAAUCUUUUAAGCAUAGAUUGUUACCGUAAUUAUGAAUAAUAAAAUAAUAUAGUGGAGGAGUUUUGUAGCAGUAAUUCGUGGACUAAUUGUUGGACUACUAGGACUUUUGUAACGUAAGAGGUGAGACUCCUUUUUAUGGUGGUGGUUGAUUCUUGAUUGAUUGGGAUUCCGUUCAUAUUACUACGGAAUAUGGGUGCUUUAUCUUUACCUUAAAAUAAAUAAAUAAGAAGUUUAAGGUUUAACAAAUACAGAUAAGUUGCAAUCGAGUCUUAUAUGAUCAAUAAACUUUAGGUUUAACAAGUACAGAUAAGUUGCAACUAUAUCUGCUUUGUACACUUAAAUAGUUAAAAAUAUAUGGGGUUUCAAAAAAGAAUCGCCUCGAUUGGACUCCGGUGUGAAAGUUAUGCUAGAUAGCUGCAUGCCUUCAAGCAUUGCCGAAUAAAUGUCAUUCAAGGGCGGUAGGGCCUUAAGGAGAUCCCGAUACCGGGUCCGAGGGUCCAAAUUUGGUCAAAAAAAAGCGUGGAUAAUAGUCUUUUAGGGUGCAAUUUUGGCAAAUUUGGACAUUUUCGGAAGCCGGUAAGGUUAGAAGUCUGGGCGCUUUCCACAUACCUCAUGGAUCCCAGGAGGUCAUAUCGGUGCUUAGAACCAUCUCCAUGACCUCCUAAAUGACAUUUUAUGGGACUUUUAAAAAAAAACGCAUAUUGCCGAAUAAAUGUCAUUUCGGGGCCUUUACACCCGAAAAUCAAAACCUCUUUUCCUAAAACGGGUCGUGACAUGCCCGAAUUCCAGCCCAAAAGCGAGGCUAUGUGUGAUCUGCUCUACUUUGUUCGUCAACAUCAGUCCAACAGACGUUUUGUCCAAAUUGUGCCCUCUAAUUCAAAUGAUGAUCAUUUCAAGAAAGAAGGAAAGAAAGAAAAACUCCACAACCUUCCCCCCUCCAGUUGAGCUGAAUCAGCAGGAAACUAAUAAUGGAGUUUCACUGUAAUCCCACAAUUAAUCAUUCUGAUGCACUCAGUUUUAACUUCCCAGUAAACCCUUUUCACCUUACAAGAAGAAAUCUUCUCAUUCGCCCGCCUCGCUUUCUUGUAUCUUCAAAGAAAGCAUCUUUUCAAGACUUUCAGGAAUAUGCAAAGCCUAGACAACUUUUUCCCACAGAAAAGCUAAAAACUUACGUGAAUGAACCACCGGAAAAAACCCUCUCAGCUCUUCAAUUAGAUGAACCAAAUUCUCUGUACAAGGUAGUGCUACGUACUAGUUCUAUGUACGGGUCAGACCUAAGUGACCAGAAUGCAGGAAUACUUGUCUGUAUAAUUGAUGAACAUGGUGAUUCAAUAUUAGAGAGGGUUCCUGCCAUUCAAGACCAUUUUCAGCUAUCAGAGGAUGCUGUCACGUCUGAUGUUCUCCGCUUCCAAAGAGGUGCAACUGAUGAAUACAUGUUCUGGGGACCAAAACUAGGAAGAAUUCAGGCUAUGUGGACAAGUCUUGAAUCAGGCAGUUGGAGAUUAGGUGGUGCAAGUUUAACAAUUAUCAGUGUUUACAACCAUCAAAUAGAAGAACCUAUCCCAAAUGGGAGUGUGUAUAGCAGUAUCACCUACAAUUUUGAAGUUGAAGAUGUUUUGCUUGGAGAAGGGAGUGACUUAACAAUGGCAGAACUUCGCCCUUGCCUUGUUACAGACCAUAUUGGGGAUGAUGCUGUCUCUAUUAUCAUUGAUGGAAGUUCUUCACUAAACGUGUCACGUGCAGAAAAGGGAAUUAUUACAAACGAAGACAGCAUGAAAGAAUAUGCAGAUCUUAAAUACUCUUUGUUACUAUAUGAUUCCAUGCUAAUUUUUACUGGCACCACCAUUACAUCCAUCACUGUAGAUAAGAGUACAGCCUUAGCAUUUUUAACUGGGGGAAUUGGUGGCUUCUUGUACCUUCUGUUUUUACAGAGGUCUGUGGACACAUUACCAGCUCCUGAAUCAAUUGUGAAAGACAAAGGAAAUAACUUCGACGGGGUGUUCGGAGGAUUGAAAGGUCCAAUAGUGGUUUUUGUAACUGCUUUUGCUAUUGCAGUUUUAGCAACGAAGUACGAUAAACCAGAUUUCAUACCAGCAUUGACACCUAGAGAGAUCUUGGCUGGAACGGUUGGCUUUCUUGCUUGCAAAGUUUCAGUAAUAUUGGCAGCUUUCAAACCCGUGUCAAUGGGUAUAGAAGAUAAUGAUUGAUGUAUGUUUCUGAUUUCUAAGCAUUCGGCCUUGUUCAGGAGUUUAGGGUUCUGAUUUCCCACUUCUUAUGUACAGAAAACUCUGUUAAUGAAUACAAAGUACUAUCUUUCAAUAA